AUGUCUCAUUUACUCACGGUUGCGACGUGUAAUUUGAACCAGUGGGCUCUUGAUUUCGAGGGAAACAGAGACCGUAUUCUGGAAUCCAUUAAGUUGGCCAAAGCGAAGGGUGCAAGACUCAGAGUGGGUCCAGAAUUGGAAAUAACCGGCUACGGAUGCUUGGACCACUUUUUGGAAAAUGAUGUGUACUUACAUGCAUGGGAAAUGUAUGGUCAGAUUAUCAGAACGCGGGAAACUCAUGAAAUCUUGCUUGAUAUUGGAAUGCCAGUUUUGCACAAAAAUGUUCGCUACAAUUGUCGGCUUUUGUCGUUGAACGGACGCAUUUUGUUCAUUAGACCUAAGAUGUGGUUGGCCAACGACGGAAACUAUCGAGAAAUGAGGUUUUUCACACCUUGGAUGAAAACUUGUCGUGUAGAGCAGUUUCUGCUUCCCCCUAUGAUCCAAAAGAUCACAGGCCAGAAAUUUGUGGAGUUUGGUGAUGCUGUAGUCCGAACGCUAGAUACGUGUAUUGGUGCAGAAACGUGUGAGGAGCUUUUCACGCCACAAUCGCCUCACAUUGCCAUGUCUUUGGACGGUGUGGAAAUCAUCACGAAUUCGUCGGGUUCCCAUCAUGAGUUAAGAAAGCUUAACCGUAGACUUGAACUGAUCACAAGUGCCACUAGACGUUGUGGAGGUGUGUACGUUUACGCCAACCAGCGUGGCUGUGACGGUGAUCGUCUGUAUUACGAUGGAUGUGCCUUGAUCGCAGUAAACGGAAACGUUGUUGCUCAGGGAAGCCAGUUUUGUCUCAAAGACGUCGAAGUCAUCACUGCAACCGUUGAUUUGGAAGAAGUGCGUAGCUACAGAGCUUCUGUGAUGUCCCGCGGCUUGCAAGCCUCCGUCAGUGACUUGAGAUACGAAAGGAUUGACGUGGAUGAGGAACUUGCGCCUGUAACCAGCAGAUUCAACCCCCAAAUCACCCCGUCAUCAAGUAGAUCCAUUUUCUAUCAUACCCCCGAAGAAGAAAUAGCCCUAGGACCUGCCUGUUGGUUGUGGGACUAUUUGAGACGCUGCAACGGUACCGGCUUUUUUUUGCCGCUAUCUGGAGGAAUAGACUCAUGCGCUACAGCGGUGAUUGUUCAUUCAAUGUGUCGAUUGGUGGUAAAGGAAUGCCAAGAAGGUAACUUACAAGUUUUGGCAGACGCUAGGAGACUUUGCCGUAAAGACCGCGACUGGGCACCUGCGACCCCACAAGAACUGGCAUCGCUUGUAUUUCACACUUGCUUCAUGGGCACCGAGAACUCUUCUAAAGAAACCAGAGCAAGAAGUCGCGAACUUGCUAAUGUGAUAUCUUCAUACCACGUCGACUUCAAUAUGGACAGCUUGGUUAGCAGCGUCGUAAGUUUGUUCGAAGUGACGACCGGUAAGAAACCGAUUUUCAAAAUUUUCGGCGGAUCUCAAACAGAAAACCUUGCUUUGCAGAAUAUUCAAGCUCGUUUGCGUAUGGUACUGGCUUACCUGUUUGCUCAGCUUUUACCAUGGGUACGUCGCAUUCCAAACGGGGGUAGUCUUUUGGUUUUGGGAAGUGCCAAUGUCGACGAAUGCUUGCGCGGAUAUUUGACAAAGUACGACUGCUCCUCGGCAGAUAUCAAUCCUAUCGGCGGAAUUUCGAAAACAGACUUAAAAAGGUUUAUUGCUUACGCCGCAAAGACCUAUGAGAUGCCAAUUUUGGACAAAUUUUUGAAUGCGACACCAACUGCAGAAUUAGAACCCAUAACUAAAGACUAUGUCCAAUCUGAUGAAAUAGACAUGGGAAUGACUUAUGAGGAACUCAGCAUUUUUGGAUACUUGAGAAAGGUUGAAAAAUGCGGACCAUACUCAAUGUUUUUGAAAUUGCUCCACGAAUGGAGUCCCAAGCUGACCCCAAGACAAGUAGCAGAGAAAGUGAAGCGGUUCUUUUUCUUUUAUGCUAUCAACAGACAUAAGCAAACGGUUAUCACACCUAGCUACCACGCCGAACAAUAUUCUCCCGAUGACAAUCGCUUUGAUCUGAGACCAUUUUUGAUCAACCCUAGGUUUGCCUGGGCUUCCAAAAAGAUUGACCGAAUUGUCGAUCAAUGCGAGGGCAAAGAUAUCAGUGAUAUAGAAGUCAUGUCUAUUGAUUAA